UCUAACCUAUUCAUUCUCCGAAACAUUGACGCCAAACACAUCAAAAUAUUGGUUGGUUAACUCUACUCACAGAGUCAAAUCCAUAUUCACUUGAAGAAAUUAUAGUUUGAUAUCUAUCGUUAGUAAUUAGGAUAUUGUACAUAACUUGCUGUGAAUAAUUGUUACGAAUAGAAUAAUGAAGAAUUUCAUGAAACCAUUUAUUGUCAUUAUAACUUUAUAUAGAUGAAAAUUCGUACUAUAAAAAAUGGACAUGUGCGAGAAUGAGUGGACAAUCGAGUGUUCUGAUGAUGAGAAAUACGAGGUUGAAUCUAAGGAAGAGUGGUCAUUAGAACCAGGAGAUGUGCUUUUAAUGAUUGACAGUCUAAACUGUAAUAAUUACUGUGUGGAGUUAGAAUGGAAGUCGCCCGGAAGACGGGAUCAAUCACCAGAGCCUCUAAAUAAUCAUCAACCAUCACACCAUUUACCACAAUUCAGUGAUGUAUUACAACCGGCAGAAAAAGACAACUUUGAUUUUAUGGACGAAAUGUCAUCCCCCCGUCUCCCAGUACGUCGUAUCGGUGAUGCCGUUCCAAAAGGCAGUGCGAAGAAAAAAACGGCUAGCUUCAAUGGUGUCCUAUCUACAAUGUUACGUCAUCGAAGACUGGAGCAACAGGAAAUAAAUUUAGGUUCUAAGAAGACCGAUUCGAAUACUGCAACAUGAUACUUUAACAGACAUUAUAUGAUGGUAACGUAACUUGUGGCUCCGUGAUGAACUCCUUACAAAAUUUUAAUUUAACAUAUUAAAAUAUUAAAAGUAUGUUUUUCACAAUAA